AUGGACGACCUCCGAGAACAGAUAGAGCUGCUGGAGAGCAGCGCAAACCUCUCGACAAGCAUCGACGAUGUACAAAAGACGAUUGAUCUGCUCACUGCAGCUCGUGCUAAGAUCGCGGCAGAUCCUAAGUUGGCGCCCUUGACCCUGGCAAAGCUCCAGGACCCGUUCAAGAAGAGUUUAGAUGUUAUUCAGAAAGACUUGAAGCCCAUAUAUGCCGGCCUUAACAAGUAUGGAAAGGCGCUAGACAAGGACCCCGCAGAAGGAACCUUCAACUCGGAGAGGUUACAGCAGCAAUUUGCAGACAUGUACAACAUACUUCACCAACUGCGUGUAGAGCGAAACCUUAAGCCAGCGAUACAAUGGGCGCGGGAACGCAGCGAGCUCCUAGAAGCUCGGGGCAGUAAUCUUGAGUUCGAGCUCUGCCGCCUUCAAUUCGUCUGUCUCUUCGACCCGCACAAAAACCAGGAAGCCGACGACGACGACGAUGCCAUGUCCGACAGUGAAACGCCCAGCGGACCCCUCGACGCCUGGGCCUACGCCCGCCGCGAAUUCGCCCCCUUCCAAAAGCGGUACCAUCGAGAAAUCCAGCAACUCCUGGGCGCCAUGGCAUUCUGGCAAAACAUUCAAGACUCGCCCUACGCCCGCCUCUUCUACAAUAACACGGCCUGGGAAGAAGUCGCCCACUCAUUCAACCGAGAAUUUUGCUCCCUCCUCGGCCUCAGCGCGGACUCACCCCUCUUCAUCGCCGCCACCGCCGGCGCUAUUGCCCUGCCCUACCUCCUCAAGAUGCAAUCCAUCAUGAAGGAGAAGCGCACGGAAUGGACCACGCAGGACGAACUCCCAGUCGAAAUCCCUCUACCCAGCCAGUACCACUUCCACUCCAUCUUCGUCUGCCCUGUCAGCAAGGAACAAAGCACUGAUACUAACCCCCCGAUGAUGAUGCCUUGCGGCCACGUUAUAGCCCAGGAAUCCCUCGAUAAGCUCAGCAAAGGCCAAAGGUUCAAAUGCCCGUAUUGCCCUAAUGAGAGCCAUCCGAGAGAUGCGAGAAAAGUGGUUUUGUAG